CUCAGGCACGGACCGCAGGACAUGGAGCUGGGAGGAGCAGCUGGGGCCCUGGGGCCCGCUGGCCUGCUCCUCGUGCGCCUGUGCUUCGGGACCCUCGCCGGCCAGGCUGCAGACACCUGUCCAGAGGUGAAGCUGGUGGGUCUGGAGGGCUCCGACAAGCUGUCCAUCCUCCGAGGCUGCCCAGGGCUGCCCGGAGCCCCAGGGCCCAAGGGAGAGGCGGGCGCCGGUGGACUGAAGGGAGAACGAGGUUCGCCUGGAGUCCCUGGGAAGGCAGGGCCGGCCGGACCCAAAGGAAGCACAGGAGCCAAAGGGGAGAAGGGUGCACGUGGAGAGAAAGGAGAGCCAGGGCAGCUUCAUUCCUGUGCCACAGGACCUCGGACCUGCAAGGAGCUGCUCACCAGGGGGCAGUUUCUCAGCGGCUGGCACACCAUCUACCUGCCCGACUGCCGGCCCCUGACCGUGCUGUGUGACAUGGUCACAGACGGCGGGGGGUGGACUGUCUUCCAGCGAAGGACGGACGGCUCUGUGGACUUCUUCCGGACCUGGAUCGCGUACAAGCAGGGCUUCGGCAGUCAGCUGGGCGAGUUCUGGCUGGGGAAUGACAACAUCCACGCCCUGACCACCCAGGGAACCAGUGAGCUCCGGGUAGACCUCGUGGACUUCGUAGGCAACCACCGAUUUGCCAAGUACCAGUCAUUCAGGAUGGGGGAUGAAGCUGAGAAGUACAAGCUGGUCCUGGGAGCCUUUGUGGAGGGCAGUGCAGGCGAUUCCCUGACGGACCACGGAGAUCACUUCUUCUCCACCAAAGACCGCGACAAUGAUGAGAGCUCCUCUAACUGUGCCGUGCAGUUCCAGGGGGCCUGGUGGUAUCACAGCUGCCACUCCUCCAACCUGAACGGCCGCUACCUCAAGGGGCCGCACACGAGCUAUGCCAACGGCAUCAACUGGAAGUCGUGGGGCCGCUACAACUACAGCUACAAGGUGUCGGAAAUGAAGCUGCGGCUCACCUAGCCGCCCGCAGCCCCCGCGAGCUUUGCUCCGUGCCCGGUGAUGGCCAGGCCCCCGCGUGGCCCCCGCUGCCCU